AUGACCUCGCUACUCCGCGGCUCAGCCUUCAUAACCGGCGCAGCCUCCGGGAUCGGCAAAGCAACCGCCACCUCCUUCGCAACCCACGGCAUCCACCAACUCGCAAUAGCAGACAUAAACCUCCCCCUCGCCCAAGAAGCCGCGCGCUCCCUGGAAUCCCGCUUCCCAAACCUCCAAGUCCUGCCCAUCCACCUCGACGUCUCCUCGGAAGAAUCCAUCGCCGCCGCAAUCGCCCAGACAAGAGCCGAAUUCACACGCAUCGACUACGCCGUCAACAAUGCAGGAAUAAGUGGGUCCCCGACUCUCUCUGCCGAACACGAUGCAUCCGAGUGGAGGAAAACCCUCGACGUCAACCUCACGGGGGUUUGGAUGUGUAGCCGCGCACAGAUUGGCGCUAUGCUCUCCCAGGAGAAACGCCCCGACGAUAGCGAGCGCCAUAACCGCGGCGUGAUCGUCAACGUCGCGUCCAUGUACGGCCUCCUCGCUACAUCCCUGAAUACCCCCGCGGUCGCAUACACGGCGAGCAAGCAUGGCGUCGUGGGGCUUACGCGCGCCGAUGCGAUUGCGUAUGCGGAAAAGGGUAUCCGGAUCAAUGCGGUUUGUCCUGGGUAUGUGGCGACGCCGUUGUUGGAGGGGAGGAUGGAGAGUGGUGUUGUGCAAAGGGAGAUAGCGAAGAUUCCGGUGGGGAGGAUGGCCAGCCCCGAGGAGAUUGGGGAUCAGAUUGUGGUGCUUGCGUCGACGCUGUGUAGCUACGUUUAUGGGGCGGCGGUUGUUGCUGAUGGGGGGUUUACGAUUCAAUGA